AUGGCGCAGUGGAAAAAUAAUGGUAACUUGAGUGCGAUGACACCUAGAGUUGCGAAGGUGAGUUGGAGCGUAAAGCCUUACCGUGUUCCAAAAGGAAGUAUACAUGUCUCUCCUUCAUGGAUAUUCUCCACAGGGGAGAACUCAGAUCCAGCCAUUACUAUAAAAGCUAUUGGGCAUCAAUGGUAUCGGAGUGCGCCACUUCACGAGGACCUUGAAGGCAUCGACGAGGACCCAAUCAAACACAAAGAGAUUGUGGACGAAGUUCGAGAUGCAUCAGAGACGUGGGGUUUCUUCCAAGUGGUUAAAAAUGGGAUUCCAACAUCCGUCUGGGAAGAAAUGCUGCAAGGAACACGAGAGUUUUUUGAACAAGAUGUUGAGGCUAAGAAACAGUACUACACUCGAGAUACUACGAAAAGGGUGAUUGAUACUAGCAAUUUUGAUUUGUAUAGCCCUUCUGUUCCAGCUGCAAAUUGGGGAGACACACUUUUCUGUUUAAUGGCUCCUGAUCCUCCCAGUCCAAAAGAAUUGCCAACAGCAUGCGGAAGGUCUUGGUCUCAAUCGUUGCCAUCUCAAGGAUAUGGAUUGCGCGGAGGGGCUAGGUAUUUUGGGACAUUACUAUCCAGCAUUCCCCAGCCAGAACUCGAGAUAGGCACCAACAAACAUUCUGACAAUGAUUUUAUCACAGUGCUUCUACAAGAUCCUAUAGGAGGACUUCAAGUGCUUCACCAGAAUCAAUGGGUUAAUGUUCCUCCUACACCUGCAGGCUACUUAUAUCAAAUGACAAGUACACAAAUGUUGAGCACCGAGUAUUGGCAAAUAAAGCGGGACCAACAAUAUCAGUUGUAUGCUUCAUCUACACAGCUUUUAUCAGACAACUCAAGCGCUAUAAAAUAUCCUAAUGCACUAAUGAUUAGACUUGCUUCAAAACUGGUUAAAGUUGCAAAAGAAGAACAGGGGUGA